ACACUUGGCGGCUGGACCAGAGGAGAUGGCGGCUCCAGAAGAGAGCGGGGCCUCCAGCUGCGGCGACAGCACAGAAGAAGCAUUUCGAACCUUCUAUAGCGAAGUGAAAGAAAUAGAGAAGAGAGAUUCGGUUCUAACAUCCAAAAAUCAGAUUGAAAGAUUGACCCGUUCCGGUUCUUCCUACUUCAAUCUGAACCCAUUUGAGGUUCUUCAACUAGAUCCUGAAGCAAUGGAUGAAGAAAUAAAAAGGCGGUUCCGGCAGUUAUCCAUACUGGUGCAUCCUGACAAAAAUCAAGAUGAUGCCGAGAGAGCUCAAAGGGCUUUUGAAGCUGUGGACAAAGCUUAUAAAUUGCUCCUAGAUCAAGAGCAAAAGAAGAGGGCUCUGAAUGUCGUCCAGGCAGGAAAAGAAUACGUAGAACACACCAUGAAAGAGCGAAAGAAGCAAUUAAAGAAGGAAGGAAAACCUACCCAUGUGGCGGAGGAUGAUCCCGAGCUGUUCAAACAAGCUGUGUACAAACAGACCAUGAAACUGUUUGCUGAUCUAGAAAUUAAAAGGAAAGAGCGAGAAGCCAGGGAGCUGCACGAAAGGAAGAGACAAAGGGAAGAGGAGAUCGAAGCGCAAGAAAAAGCUGACCGAGAACGCGAGUGGCGGAAAAACUUUGAGGAAAGUCGAGAUGAGCGCGUGGAAAGCUGGCGAAUCUUCCAAGCAAAUACCAAGGGGAAGAAAGAGAAGAAAAACCGAAGCUUCCUGAGACCACCAAAAGUGAAAAUGGAGCAGCGUGAGUGACCACAGCCACACGACCUGCCCCGCCAUAUCCCCCAGUGACCCCCACCCCGUAAUUUGAAGGACUCAUUCUUCCCUCUCAUUUCCACCGCAAUAGGGCAGUAUUUGCUUUUUAUUUCAUCUUGUUGUCAAUACAACUUCAUAUCGAUCAGAGAAAUUCUUUUGUAUACUGAGAUGAGGACCUGGUUUAAAAAAAAAACGACAACGUUCCUCUUUCC